AUUCGACACGAGUUCGAUGAUGUGCAGCUCACUGCCGUCGAUGGCGCCACUGAGGAAGAUGUGCUGUCGAAUUGGAAGUCGAAAUUGAAGCAUUUUUUCAUCCUCUCUGCCUCCGGAAAGCCUAUCUACAGCCGCCAUGGCAAUGACCAGAUGAUCAGCCACUAUGUGGGCGUGGCACAAACCCUGAUAUCGUUCUACCAAGGCCAGCAAGAUUCGCUCAAGUCCUUCACUGCCGGUGACACACGAUUUGUGAUGCUUGCCAAGGGACCGCUGAAUCUGGUCGCCAUCAGUCGUCUCGCGGAGAGCGAAGCGCAACUCCGCACACAACUGGAAUCGCUCUAUAUGCAAAUCCUUUCUACGCUCACGCUACCGAGCAUGGAGCGCAUGUUUUCCAAUCGCCCCUCUACAGAUCUUCGCCGACCAUUACAAGGUACUGACGUUUUGCUGGAUGGUCUCGCAGAUGGCUUUACGCGGGGCUCACCCUCGACGCUCCUGUCCGCACUCGAGUGUCUCCGACUGCGCAAGACGCAUCGGAGAGCUAUCAACGACAUCUUGCUCAAGGCUCGCUCACCCAAUCUCCUCUACGGUCUCAUCGUAGCCGCAGGUCGCCUCGUCAGUGUGGUACGACCGAAGAAACACUCUCUGCACCCAGGCGACCUUCACCUCAUCUUCAACAUGCUCUUUGAGGCAGGCAGUGUCAAAGCGAAUGGUGGCGAAAACUGGAUACCGUUAUGUUUGCCCGGUUUUAAUAAUACUGGAUUUCUAUACAUGUAUGUCAGCUUUUUCACUGCUUCCGAAAACAGAGCUGAAGCCGUCGAGGAAAGGUCGGCAGGCUCGGAAAAUGAUGAUGAACUGGCGAUUGUGCUCAUCAGCGCCAACAAAGAAGCAUUUUUUGAGUUACGAAAGAUGCGAGACGACCUGGUCGCGCAGCUCGAAAGCAGUGGAAGCAUGAGCAACAUCAAGACAGCCACUCGCAAAGGUCAUGCAACAUGCUCGGAAAUCGUACCGGGAACAUCCCUUCGCCAUUUUCUGUACAAAAGUCGAGGCAAUGUGCAGUUUGUCAUGCCCUCGUUUCAACCACAUUUCAGUGGCGUCAUGGGUCGACGAAGGCUAUUGACAUUGUAUGCACAUCUGCAGGAGUCCAUUCACUCUCGUACCGCACGGCUGAAAGUCCAGCAUAGCAUUGCUGCGGACUCGACGUCACUGGCGUGGGAGACGCCUUUAUUUGAGCUGUACUGUGUUGCGGGGCCGCAGACGUCGAGAGCAGCGUUGGUGCAAGGAGCGAACAGGGUUGUACAGUGGAUACGAAGAGAAGAGGAAAGGGUUUUCAUCAUCGGUGGCGCAGUGUUUUAG